AUGGACGCAACAGCACACGUCCUCCAUGCCGCCGCCCAGCUGGAUGCCCGCGCCGGUGGCAUGGGCGGCGACACUGGAACCCGUCCAGGCUCGUACAAAAUCAUUGGUCUCGUCCUGGCGAUUGCAUCGGGAGUCUUCAUCGGCACGUCGUUUGUUAUCAAGAAGCAUGGUCUGUUACAGGCGAACAAGAAGUACAAUGAAGAGGCGGGAGAAGGCUACGGAUACCUCAAGAACGCUUGGUGGUGGCUCGGCAUGACACUCAUGAUUGUUGGAGAGAUAUGUAAUCUUGUCGCAUACGCUUUCACCGACGCUAUCCUCGUAACCCCCAUGGGCGCCCUCUCCGUCGUUAUCUGCGCUAUACUGUCCACUAUAUUCUUGAAGGAACGCUUGAGCUUUGUUGGAAAGGUGGGCUGCUUCAACUGCAUCAUCGGAUCUGUUGUCAUUGCAGUCAACGCGCCAGAGCAGUCGUCUGUUGCGCGCAUCCAGGACAUGAAGAAAUGGGUCAUUGCGCCCGGCUUUCUCAGCUAUGCAGGUGUCGUCAUCGUCGCAUGUGUUGUCAUUGCUCUCUGGCUCGGCCCAAAGUACGGAAAGAAGACCAUGAUGGUCUACAUCACCAUCUGCAGUCUGAUCGGAGGACUGAGUGUUGUCGCAACCCAAGGUCUCGGUGCUGCUGUCGUAGCACAGGCUUCUGGCACAUACGGCGGACAGUUUAAGGAAUGGUUCCUCUAUGUGCUACUCGUCUUCGUGGUUGUCACACUGCUGACGGAGAUCAUCUACCUCAACAAAGCUUUGAAUCUGUUCAACGCUGCCUUGGUAACACCAACCUACUACGUCUUCUUCACCUCCGCGACUAUCGUCACCUCGGCCGUCCUGUUCCAGGGUUUCAAAGGCACACCACUUCAGAUUGUCACCGUCAUCAUGGGCUUCUUGCAGAUUUGUUCCGGAGUCGUGCUACUACAACUCUCCAAGUCGGCCAAAGACGUUCCCGACUCUGCUGUUUUCAAGGGCGAUCUUGACCAGGUGCGAACCGUCGCAGAGAUGGAGGAGCCGGAAUACGAGCCCCGAGCUGAUACCCUUCGUGGCGGCGCGGCAAUCCUCAGAUCACUGUCAAAGGCCAGGUCUCACAAGGAACUCGCCGAGGCGAAGAAGAUUCAAGAAGAGCACAUGGAACCGAUUGGUGAGGGCGAGCAAGUGGAGUUUGACGGUCUCCGAAGACGUAAAACGGUUCUCGACCCCAAUCGGCCACCGACGCGCAGCGGCACCAUUGUCCAAACCCGAACCAUCCACCCCCCUCUUGGGAUGUCACAAUUCCCGACCGACGAAUCCGACGACGACGACGACAACGCUAGCUUCCACCCCGGCUUCUUCCAACGACUGCGCUCCCGAGGCAAAUCGACUAGUAGUCGCGGCAGCUCCCACGCUCCGGGGACUUCUGGCAUGGGCAUGCAGACACUCCCGUCCAUCCCACAAGCCGACGGCGCAUCGGACCGCGAAUCAGACGCCGGAUCCUACAAGCAAACUAUCAUGACACAAGACACAUCCUACAAGCCAAUCGACACGCACAUCCAGUUCGCCGCGCUCCCCGACCCGCAGUAUCGUCACAGCCGUACCGAUUCGAACGACUCCCUCGCCCCACCACGGCCGAACCCUCACAUCGCCAAGCGCCAAUUCUCUUUUCAAAACGUCUUCUCCCGGCACCGCUCAGAAUCCACAGGCGAAGCGUCAAGUAGCAAAGUACGCCCGACUAGUAGGCAUAGCCGGAAGAGCAGUAGAGAGGGCAAGGCCGCAGCUACUGCUACCGAGGAAGAGAGGCUAGGUCUAGUGAAGGGUGACUCAACAAAUCUCCUUCCGAUAGCUAGCCGUGAUGAUGACGGUGAUGAUGAGCCGGUCGGACCGCCAGGAUACUCGGAUGACUGGGAUAUGCCGCGGACGUCUAGUCCUGGCUUUGAGCCCGAGAGAGUACAGAAUAAGCCGGCGAUAAGAAGGGUGGAUACUGAUGGCUCGGAACUCAGUCCGAGGGACCCAAAGGAGUUUGAGAAAGGAGGUGGGGGCCCGUACUUAUAG